AUGGCAACGCGAACGAGUCCUGCACCAUCAGUUGCUUUCGAUGUAGAGCGCCACUCAAAGACUACAGCGGUAUCCACCGUUUGUCCCGGUGGACGUAUGGAAUGUCCGAAGAAUAGCACUUGUUGUCAAAUGACUGAUGCUCAGUGGGGUUGUUGUCCAUCUUUGAAUGCGGUGUGCUGCUCGGAUGGAACACAUUGCUGUCCCGAGGGUUAUUUGUGCUCCUCUGUGGAUUCAUCUUGCAUUCGUGAGCCCACAAAUGAGCCGGUCAAAGAACCAGUCAACGUUCCGGGCCCACAGGACAAUGUUUGUCCCGAUAAACGGUCCUUCUGCAUUGAUCAUCAAACCUGUUGCCUACUCAUUGAUGGUGACUUUGGGUGCUGUCCUUUGACCAACGGUACGUGUUGCGAGGAUCGAAGACAUUGCUGUCCUGAAGGUACAAUGUGCGCCGAGGAACCUGGUGAAUGUAUUCGCCCGGCCGCUCGAGGUUUGCAUGCCAAUCGUGUUACAGCUCGUCGCAUGCUCCCAGUUCCCGAAUCUGUAUCAUUUUCGUCGAAGUCCAUACCCAAUAUGUUCUUACGCAGUUUCACGCCGGGCCAAGUAAUUCGUACAGGUUGGUGCUCAGAAUGUGGUGAUAACGGAUACUGCUGUCCAGAUGCACACGGUCUCCACAAUCGUAUGUGCUGCGAUAAGGCCGGAAGUAUGUGCUGCCCUGACGGACAGCAUUGUUGUCCACCAGGCACCAAAUGCGCCGGUAACGGACAGUGUGACCAGAUUACUGAGGAUCGUUUCUUGGCACCUUUCUUAGUAGCAUCGAAAAGACUGGGGUCAGGAAAUACACGGUCUCAAUCGAAAAAAUCUGAGAAAAGUCGUCCAGCUCUGUUGGAUCCUCGUCUGUUGUGA